AUGGCUAGAGAGGAGGCAGAGAGGCAUUUGAUGGAUGUGAGGAAGGGGGCAGAUGAAGCCACAUUAGGGCAGGCUGAGUUGGAGAAGAAAGUUGGGAAUCUCCUGGACGAGCUCGACUUCUUGAAGCGUGUAUGUGAGAGCGAAAUAGCUGAACUCCAGGCUCAGAUCCAGUACACUGCAGAGGUGACAGUGGAGAUGGAGGUCGCCAAACCAGACCUCUCUGCAUCUCUACGGGACGUCCGGGUCCAGUAUGAGAAGCUGGCCCAGCACAACCUGAAGUCAGCAGAAGAGUGGUUCACCAAAAAGAUGAAAGUGAUGGCCGCGGGCAGUGCAUGUGACACAGAAAAAGCCAGGGGUGCCAAAGAUGAAGCCGGAGAGUAUCGCAGACUGCUCAAUGCCAGGUCACGGGAGACUGAAGCCUUUAGGGAGAUGAACAAAGCACUGGAAAACCAUAUACAGGAAGUGGAGGAGAAACAGAGUGCUGAAGUCCAAGCGCUCCAGGAUACAAUAAGCCAAUUGGAGGACAACCUCAGGGCAAACAAAGCAGACAUGGCUCACUAUUUGAAAGAUUAUCAAGAACUGCUUAAUGUUAAGAUGGCGUUGGAUAUUGAGAUUGCAGCAUAUAGGCAAUUGCUGGAAGGUGAAGAAAACCGUUUGAAUGUGUCAGCUCCAGCUUUGAGCGUCUACUCUCAGGCCGUGGAAGGCAGGCUCUCAUACAGCCAACCUCAGCUCCACUCAGCCUCUCCACAACUCUUGAUGAGCUGCCCUAGGUGGUACUCCUCCACUCUGUGCACCGAGGAAAACAUAUCUCCCAGCCAGGCACAGCAGGCAGAGGCCAGCCCACCCAGCGAGAGGAAGGAAGACCUGGAGGUUCAAGAAGAUGAAGGCGAGGAAGAGCAGCAAGAUGAACCCAGGGAUAAAGGUGCAGAUAAGCACAAGGAAGGAGGAGAAGAAGAGGAGACAAAGGAAAAUUCUGACACUGAUGAAAAUGCAGAAGCCGAUGAUGAAAAUGAAGAAGGUGAUGGUGGUGAUGAUGAGGAGGAUGAUGAUGGAGGCAACAGAGAGCAGGAAGAGGAAAAGGAGGAGGAAGGAGAAAGAGAAGAAGGAGAUGAGGGAGACGAGCAGGAGGAAGAGGGGACAGGGGAAUCCAAAGGAGAUGUCGAGACUCACGAGAAAACAGCUAAAACAAAAGAUGAAAAAGUCUAA